GGCCAACAGCAAGGUCAGCAACAAGGACAAGUCGCUCAAAACCCAAAUUCAUCUGCGAACAAUUCUGUUUCUUCAAUUCCUCAAUCAGCCGCAGCAGGUGGAAUCACAAUCACUCAACCACAACAAACUGCAGCACAAUCAUACUACAAGAUUGCUCAAGGUAUCAGUGUUACGUUUGGAUGGAACUUUACUAGUGUUUUGCGAUAUCCUAGCUCAUUCGUUGUGCAAGCAUAUUGUUCUGAGAAUCAUAAUACGUAUACGAUCGCUUCAAGCUUGGCUGGAACGGCAACUGCAGUGACAUGGGCUCCGUAUGAUUUUGAUCAAUCGGCUAUUCAGCUUGGACAACCACAACUGAUUCAAGCAACAUAUCGAUUGCAAAUCUUUGACGAACGUGGAUUGUCAGUAGGUCUGCAACCGGGCUUGUUUCAACCAAACACAAAAGUGGAAUUCGCACUCUAUCAACCAAAGCCAUAUACACCCAUUUCUGCUGGUUGGAUAUGUGCUGGUUGCAAUGGUGCAACA